ACCUCUUUGUUCUCAACCAUCAUGCAUCUUUCAGACGAGGAUAAGAGGGAGAUCGGUCAGCACUUCGUUUUUGGAUUCCAUGGAUAUGAGGUCAGCGAUGAUGCAAAGGAACUCAUCAAUAAGUAUCAUGUUGGGAAUAUUAUCCUCAUGAAACGGAAUGUGCAAAGUGUGAAGCAGGUGCACGCGCUUGUUCAAUCUUUGCAGCAGUGCGCAAGAGAUGCUGGACACGUGAAUCCGCUGAUGAUUGGGAUUGAUCAAGAGAAUGGCCUUGUAUCUGCGUUCAGCUCGACUGCAAAGCAUCAGGCUGGUACACAGUUCCCAGGAGCUAUGGCAAUCGCUGCUACCGGUGAACCCGAAUAUGCAAGAAGUUGUUCGGCGGCUUCAGCUCGUGAGAUGAAAGCUGUCGGCAUUAAUUGGUCCUAUUCUCCAGUAGGAGACGUGAAUUCUGACCCACGGAACCCAGUCAUUGGUGUACGCUCUUUUGGAGAUGACCCCACAGAGGUUGCGCGAUUUGCGAAGGCAGUUGGCGAUGGCCUCACACAAGGUGGUGUCGCACCGUCUGCGAAACAUUUCCCAGGACACGGUGAUACAAACAUUGACUCGCAUCUUGGUCUCCCCAUCAUCAACAAGAGUCGUGCCGAGUUGGAUGAAACCGAGUUGAAACCUUUCAAAGAACUUGUCAACGCUGGCGUCGCCAGCAUCAUGACAGGGCAUAUGGUUAUCCAGGCUUUGACUGGUGACAAUAAGACUCCAGCCUCCCUUUCACGGGCUGUGACUACGACCCUAUUGCGGGAGGAGCUGCAUUUUGAAGGGGUGGUCGUGACGGAUUGUCUGGAGAUGAAUGCGGUGAAGGAGAGACAGGGAGGCGUACCACGUGGUGCUGUGGAAGCUUUAGCGGCGGGUGCAGAUGUGGUUAUGAUUUGCCAUACUAUGGCAUUCCAUAGGGGAGCGAUGGAGGCGACCUACGAGGCAGUACAGAAGGGUGAGCUGCAUAUGCACGAGCUGAGGAAAAGCGGAGAAAGGAUUACUGCAUUGAAACGGAAAUUCGCUGGGACAUGGGAUGACGUGCUCGGGAAUCCAUUUGACGAGAAGGCCAUGAAUGCGUUGCAGGCGACGAACAAGAAACUGAGCGAGGAAGCAUACGCAAAAUCUAUCGCGCUUCUUUCCGGAUCUCUUCCUGUGUUUUCGUCGGACAAGAUUGUGGUGAUGACACCCGUCGUGGAAAGCCUUAAUGCAGCGGUGGAUGAUGCGGAAGGUGUACAACGCACCGGGAAAGGCCACGUCCGGAACACGGCGGCGCCUUACUACAUGUCUUUCGCUGAGUCCGUGCGACGCCGCGCUGCAGAUGUCGAACAUUUGGUUUAUGCAGCUGAUUUUGACUGCAGAAGAGAUUUCGGCGAGGGUCUCAUAUUCGUCACACGUAACGCGGAUCGUAGUGCUUGGCAACUGGAUGUCUUGGAGAGCGUCAGGAUGCAGGCCAGUGGGGUACCGAUUGUGGUCCUGGCGAGCUGCGCGCCGUAUGAAUUAUUUUCUGGGAGGGUCUUGGGUGUCCAGGCAUGCGUGGCAAGCUUCGAGUACACUAGUGAGGCGUUGGAAGCUGCUGCUAGUGUUAUUUUUAACGAGGUCACUCCGGUAGGGGAGUCGCCUGUUAGCAUUUGAAUUGGCUACCAGCGUUAUAUAUGCCAAGCUGAUGAAGGAUCGCUGAUUCUUAUCAGAGA